GGUAAGUCUUUUCUCUCUCCCUUGAACCUUCCAAGGCCUUCUUCUAAAGCUUGUUAGUGAAGAACCUAAGCUUAAUACUAGAUUUCUCAGGUGGUCUUUAAUGCUGCGUCACUUCAACUCAAUCAUUACAAUGGCUUCCAAUGCUGCAAAGCAGGCCAAGUUGCCAAUGGCUGCAGAGUCUGAAACCUUAACAAAUGAUGAAAAUGCUCCCAAGAAAAAAAGCUUUCUGAGUUACAAAACUACUUCGGUAGCUGCAAAUUGUGCCCCUCCAAGAACGAUUCGGACUGAUUUUCCUGAUCUCAUCAGGCUGGGCAUAUACUUUGGUAUCUACUUGAGUGUUGGCACUACAAGCUUUUACGCAUUGAGGGACCACAUCAGAGGGAAAAAAACAAAUGAUUUCAUUGAUUCCCUUUACUUAUGUGUGGUGACAAUGACCACAGUUGGUUAUGGAGACCUUGUCCCUCACAGUUUCCUUUCACAACUAAUUUGCAGUGUUUUCAUAACCGUAGGAAUGUGUCUGUUCGGAAUAGUAGUGAAAAUAGCUGCAAAUUACUUGGUUAUGAAGCAACAAAUGGUGCUGAUUAAUGCCCUACACAUGGCUCAAAAAAUCGGUCCAAUGGAAGCACUCAAGGAGAUUGAAAGCCUUAAAAUAGACUACACCAAGUGUCUGAUAUCGUUGAUUGCCAUGGCAGUGCAUUUUGUCAUUGGGAUCUUUAUUCUGGUUACCGUCGAAGGAAUGGACUUCACAGAUGCUGUCUAUUGUGUUUGUACCACCAUGACAACCGUAGGCUUUGGAGAUGAGAGCUUCUCAACUGAAUCUGGUCGCAUGUUUGGUAUCAUUUGGAUAUCAACCGGUACCUCCUGUUUAGGCCAGCUAUUUCUCUACAUUGCAGAGAUAUAUACCGAUAUCGAAACAAGGAAAUUGAUCAAAUGGGUUAUUUCUAACAAAAUUAUUGCCAAGAAAGACCUGGAGGCAGCUGAUCAUGUUGAGGAUGACAAGGUUUAUGGGGCUGCUGAUUUCAUUUUAUAUAAGCUAAAGGAGAUGGGAAAGAUCAAGCAAGAGGAUAUUUCAUUUGCCAUGAAGGAUAUUGAUGAUGUGAUCAAGGAUCUUUAUGUCGCUAAUCAGUCUGUGUCUGAUAUGAUUCCAGCUCAAUCAUCUCAAAACAAGUGAUGAAUAUGCCACUAAAAGCUCAAUUGCACUAGAGUUAAUAGAGAAUUUAGAUCUCCCUGUCAUAAUUUUCAACCUUCCUCGGGUUGAAGCCUUGGAAGCUAUAAAUUUGCUGGCCCCCACCAUGACUAUGUUGUAAAAACUGCAUGCUACGUACUUGAGCUUUGAUUGAAACUUAUAAACAUGUAAUUUUAUUGGAAUAAUGAU